GGGCGGCGCGGAAGGCAGAGGGGUGGGGAUCUUGGGUGGGCUGCCCCCUCCCGCUCUGACCCAUUCCACACCCCGCGGAAAGCAGGCGCUGCCAGUUGAAUCAUUCCCCUUUCAGGAGGGAAGGGGGAUAAAGGUAACUAACCCCUUUCUGCGUAAGAAAGCAAAGGGAGAUCCCGGGCAGCUUUGCAGCCGCUCUGUCCCACUCCUGGACCAUGCACCUCUGCAGCGUUCUGCUCGGCCACAGGCGAGGACUUGAUUUCUUGAGCUGAGAGCUAAACUUUGUUGACUUUUCUUCUCCCCAACAACUGAAUCAUGCCAUGUGCCCAGAGGAACUGGCUUGCAAACCUCUCCGUUGUAGCCUACCUCCUUAACUUUGGGGUCCUUUGCUAUGGGAGCCAAGCUCAGCCAGGCCCAGUGCAGUUCCCGGACAGAAGGCAAGAGCAUUUUCUCAAGGCCCUGCCCGAGUACCACGUGGUGGCCCCAGUCCGAGUAGAUGCCAGGGGGCACUUUCUGUCCUAUGGCUUGCACCAUCCCGUCACUGACAACAGCAGGAGGAAGAGAGAUGUGGAUGGCUCAGAGGACCGGGUGUACUACAGAAUUUCACAUGAGGAGAAGGACCUGUUCUUUAACUUGUCGGUCAAUCAGGGAUUUCUUUCCAAAAGCUAUAUCUUGGAGAGGAGGUACGGGAACCUUUCCCACGUGAAGAUGGUGGCUUCCUCAGCACCCCCUUGCCAUCUCAGGGGCACAGUGCUGCAACAGGGUGCCAGCAUCGGGACCGCAGCCCUCAGUGCCUGCCAGGGACUGACUGGGUUUUUCCAUCUACCCCAUGGAGACUUCUUCAUUGAGCCUGUCAAAAAGCAUCCACUGGCUGAAGGAGAAUACCACCCACACAUCAUUUACAGGAAGCCGAGGCAGAGACCUCCAGAGAAGGAGGAACCAACCUGUGGAUUAAAGGAUGGCCUUGCCACCUCCCAGAAGCCGGAGCGUCAGCGAGAGGAGUGGGAGAGGAGCCAGUGGCCCAGGAGAAGCCUGUCUCGGCGGUCCAUCAGCAAAGAGCGCUGGGUGGAGACGCUGGUCGUGGCUGACACGAAGAUGAUUGAGUAUCAUGGGAGCGACAGCGUCGAGUCCUACAUCCUCACCAUCAUGAACAUGGUCACUGGGUUGUUCCAUAACCCAAGCAUCGGCAAUGCCAUUCACAUUGUGGUGGUUCGGCUCAUUCUACUUGAGGAAGAAGAGCAAGGAUUGAAAAUCACCCACCAUGCGGAGAAGACACUGUCCAGCUUCUGUAAGUGGCAGAAGAGCAUCAAUCCGAAGAGUGACCUCAACCCUGCCCAUCAUGAUGUGGCUGUCCUCCUCACCAGAAAAGACAUCUGUGCUGGUGUCAAUCGCCCCUGUGAGACCUUGGGUCUGUCCCACCUGUCUGGAAUGUGCCAGCCUCAUAGGAGCUGUAACAUCAAUGAAGACUCUGGACUCCCUCUGGCUUUCACAAUUGCCCAUGAACUUGGACACAGCUUCGGCAUCCAGCAUGACGGGAAAGAGAAUGACUGUGAGCCCGAGGGCAGGCACCCGUACCUCAUGUCCCGCCAGCUCCAGUACAAUCCCAGCCCACUGACCUGGUCCAAGUGCAGCAAGGAGUACAUCACCCGCUUCCUGGACCGGGGAUGGGGGUUUUGUCUCGAUGAUAUCCCCCAAAAGAAAGGCUUGAAGUCCAAGGUCAUUGCCCCUGGAGUGAUCUAUGAUGUUCACCAUCAAUGCCAGCUGCAGUAUGGCCCCAAUGCCACCUUCUGCCAGGAAGUAGAAAAUGUCUGCCAGACCCUGUGGUGCUCAGUGAAAGGCUUUUGUCGCUCUAAGCUGGACGCUGCCGCAGAUGGGACACGGUGUGGUGAGAAGAAGUGGUGUAUGGCUGGCAAGUGCAUCACAGUGGGGAAGAAACCAGAGAGCAUCCCUGGUGGCUGGGGCCGCUGGUCGCCCUGGUCCCACUGCUCCAGGACCUGUGGGGCUGGGGCCCAGAGUGCAGAGAGGCUCUGCAACAAUCCUGAACCCAAGUUUGGCGGGAAGUACUGCACUGGGGAGAGGAAACGCUAUCGCUUGUGCAACGUCCACCCCUGUCGCCCAGACGUGCCCACCUUCCGACAGAUGCAGUGCAGUGAGUUUGACACCGUUCCCUACAAGAAUGAGCUCUACCACUGGUUUCCAGUUUUUAAUCCAGCACAUCCUUGUGAGCUCUACUGCCGACCCAUAGAUGGCCAGUUUUCCGAGAAAAUGCUGGAUGCUGUCAUUGAUGGUACCCCUUGCUUUGAAGGUGGCAACAGCAGAAAUGUCUGUAUUAAUGGCAUAUGUAAGAUGGUCGGCUGUGACUAUGAGAUCGGCUCCAACGCCACAGAGGAUCGCUGCGGUGUAUGCCUCGGGGACGGCUCUGCCUGCCAGACUGUGAAGAAGAUGUUUAAACAGAAAGAAGGAUCUGGUUAUGUUGACAUCGGACUGAUUCCAAAAGGAGCAAGGGACAUACGGGUAAUGGAACUUGAGGGAGCUGGAAACUUUUUGGCCAUCAGGAGUGAAGACCCCCAAAAAUAUUACCUCAAUGGAGGGUUCAUUAUCCAGUGGAAUGGGAACUACAAGCUGGCAGGGACCACGUUCCAAUACGACAGGAAAGGAGACCUGGAGAAGCUGAUGGCCACGGGUCCUACCAAUGAGUCGGUGUGGAUCCAGCUUCUGUUCCAGGUGACUAAUCCCGGCAUCAAGUAUGAGUACACAAUCCGGAAAGAUGGCCUUGACAAUGACGUGGGAAAACUGGUAUACUUCUGGCAGUACGGCCAUUGGACUGAGUGCAGUGUGACGUGUGGGACAGGUGUUCGCCGCCAGACUGCCCAUUGUGUAAAGAAGGGCCACGGGAUGGUGAAAGCUACAUUUUGUGACCCAGAAACCCAGCCCAAUGGGAGACAGAAGAAGUGCUAUGAAAAAGAUUGUCCACCCAGGUGGUGGGCCGGGGAGUGGGAAGCAUGCUCAGCCACUUGUGGGCCCCACGGAGAGAAGAAACGGACAGUGCUGUGUGUCCAGACCACGGGCUCUGAUGAGCAGGCUCUCCCCGCUAAAGACUGCCAGCACCUCCUGAAGCCCAAGACCCUCAUUUCCUGCAACAGAGACAUCUUGUGUCCAUCAGACUGGACAGUAGGCAACUGGAGUGAGUGUUCUGUCUCCUGCGGCGGGGGGGUGCGGAUCCGCAGUGUCACGUGUGCCAAGAACCAUGACGAGCCUUGCGAUGUGACAAGGAAGCCCAACAGCCGAGCUCUUUGUGGCCUCCAGCAGUGCCCGUCGAGCCGAAGAGUUCUGAAACCCCACAAAGACCCAAUUCCCAGUGGGCGAAAUCUCCCAACAUCUGAGCCAGACCCCCCGCAGCCCAUCCCUCCAACUCCAUCCAGUCCCAGAAUGCUGAGCACAUCCACGGUGCCGGAGUCUAUGAGCACCAGCACUGGGGCUGUCAGCAGCCCCAGUCCGACCACAGCCGCUGGACAAGGAGACACGGAUGCCAAAUGGUGGCAGAAUAGUUCACACCAAACUGAACCAGGUUCCCAUUAUGUCCUUUCCACCGGAAGUACUUCCCAGCCCAUCCCCACUUCCUGGUCUUUGAGUAGCCAGCCAAACGAAGGGAAUGUUCCCAAUUCACACCCUGGUCCUACCUCAGAGGGAGAUUUUUUCACCACAACAGUGAGUGGUUCUGAUUUGCCAUCUUCCGGCAAGCCUGUGACAUGGCAGGUGACGCCAUUUUACAAUACCUUGACCAAAGAACCAGGGAUAGAGAUACACAGUGGCUCAGGGGAAGACAGUGAACAGUCUGAGAUCAAAAACGAAAACAACUCUGUAACAUGGACCAAAAUCAGAGUAGCUGGAAAGGAUGCUUCGGUGGUGAGAAGUACAGAAAUCCCCCUUGGACGUCCACCAACACCUUAUCUCAGGGGGGCGUCCUUGUGGCCACCCUUCAGCACUGUGAUGGAAGAUCUGCUGCCCAGCCACAGGCCUGCUACUCUCAAAAAUGGUACACCUGGUGCGGAGGUGAUCACUGAAAAGCCAGCAAACACUCCAUUCCCUCUGGGAGGAGACCACCAGCCAGCACCAACAGAACAUUCAGUCCUCCAUAACCCUCCAGAACUUCCAGGCAGUGUGAAUCUAAUGCAGGGUUCCGGACCGGUCCUGACCAAGGAAGACGCAACAAGUCUGAUUGCCGAGGGGUUUUUGCUGAAUGCCUCUGACUACAAGGAGCUCUCGACAGGCGGAAGCCCAGCAUACUGGAUUGCUGGAAACUGGAGUGAGUGCUCCACCAGCUGUGGGCUGGGGGCCUACUGGCGAAGCGUGGAAUGCAGCACCGGCAGGGACUCUGACUGUGCCGCUGUCCAGAAGCCCGACCCCGCUAAGAGGUGCCACCUCCGUCCCUGUGCCAGCUGGAGAGUGGGGAACUGGAGCAAGUGCUCCAGAAACUGCAGCGGGGGCUUCCAGAUCCGGGAGAUUCAGUGUGUGGACAGCCUGGACCGCCGCAGCCUGAGGCCGUUUCACUGCCAGUUCCUGGCGGGCAUUCGUCCCCCACUGAGCAUGAGCUGCAACGUGGAGCCCUGCGAAGAGUGGCAGGUAGAGCCCUGGAACCAGUGUUCCAGGUCCUGUGGAGGCGGAGUUCAGGAGAGAGCAGUGACUUGCCCAGGAGGUCUCUGUGACUGGAAGAAAAGGCCCACACCCACUGCCCCCUGCAACAGCCACCCUUGUUGUCACUGGGUCGCUGGGAACUGGGACCUGUGCACCGCUUCCUGUGGGGGUGGCUUUCAGAAGAGGACCGUCCAUUGUGUCUCCUCAGAGGACAAUACGACUGAAGACCAAUGCCUGUGUGAUCACGAGCCCAAACCUCCAGAAUUCCGAAAAUGUGGCCAAGAGGCCUGCAAGAAGCGUGACGAUUUACUUUGUAGCAAGGACAACUUAUCAACCAGUUUCUGCCAGACACUGAAAACCAUGAAGAAAUGUUCUGUACCCACUGUGAGGGCUCAGUGCUGCCUCACAUGUUCCCAGACACACGUCAUCCACACCCGAAGGCCAAGAAAGCCACAGUCACUCAAAAACCCCAAAGCAUUCUAAGUCCAGAAGCAAGCCACCCCCCACCACAGACCACAGCUGCCUGCUGACUGACUCCCCCGUGUUCUAGCCCCAGGGACCACUUCAUUGAAGUUUUUCGGGUUCAACUUUGGUUCAAAACGAAAUCCAGUGUUUUAUUCGCCACAGAAUGGCUUUGCGGAAGGCAUGGGAUGACAGUGCUUGCUACUCCCUGAUAGGCCGGUGAGAUAUCCAGGAAGUUCAGACACCUCCUGGGACAGGUUCUUGGGAAAGGUGCCAAAUUAGGUAAGUCAGUGACUGAUGUCUUUUCCCCCUUAAAAGUAAAAACAAAGACCCCAGGUUGUUCCCAGACUGCCUCAGGAGUAUCUGGAAAUAGAACCACAUGCAUCCAGGAAACAGUCUUGUUAAUUUACCUUGGUGAAAUCCUCCUUUGUUUCCUCCCUACUUGGGGAAGAUGCUGUUUAAUAUGUCAUGGAAGAGCUUUCAGGAAUAUUCCUUUAAUUCAUCCAGGUGAAGGCAACUUUCUUUAGUCAGUACACAACUGGGACAAGGAGAGAAGGUGCUGGCUGUAUCACUCAGUCCCCGUAGACUCAUCAUCUGGGCUGUUAAGACUCCCAUGAUGGCCUGGAGACACGAGAAGAAGAGGAAAGAGGAAAUGGUCAGAAACUAUAGACUCUAACUAAUAAAGGUAAGGGAUUUAGCUUAAUUAUAGGGAAGACAUUCUGACUCAAAGAUAAUUUCUAUGGAAAUUCUUAAAAAGGAAAUGAACAGAAAUUAAUUUCUUGCCAGUGUAAGAAAAGAAACACAGACCUUUAUACUUAUCACUUUCUUGGCAAAGACCUUUCCUUUGGGGAAGAACAGAGGAGUCUUCCCAUCUGACUUUUCCUCUCCAGCAUGUUCCCUGCCUCAGUCAUCAACUCAGAGGUCCAACUGUCUUUCUCUUACUGGGGGUUCACGUACAACUGCUGCCAUAGUCAAAUCCAUGGUUGCAAGACACUCCUGCCUACCCCAGGACAGAAAAUGGGGCUCAAGAUCAAAAUAUUUCAGAGAACCAGGUAAACUGUAUUAAGUACAAGAACUUAAUACAAACUUCAGUCUUGAGAAAGAAAAAAAAAAUACAUAGCUCCAAGCGAGGUUAAAUAGGACCCCAGUAUACCCAGUAGUUAACUUUUGAAGGUCUGUCCCUUAGGGGAGCAGGCAAGUCAGAGGAGUCCAAAAAAGUGAAAUGAAAGUGAAAAUGCUUGUUCUGGAUGUUCUCACCACUGAUUAGGCAGCUGUGGUCUCAAAUGCAAGGCAACUUUCCUGGUUUGCCAAGGGAGGCAUUUACAGAGAGCGAGGAUGGGGGGCGGGGAUGGGGCCUUCAGGUCACAAGCAGCUUGGCUGAGGCUCAUACACAAGUAGACUGCACUUACUGUUCCCCGCGGAGCACAGAGUCCCCUGGCUCCCGUGGAUUACCUAUCCGUUCAGCAGAAUGGUGCUAUUGAAAACCGGUGCUAAUAUCUAGAAGGGUGCAGAACUGAUAGAAACACACAAAUGGAUGUACAAGUGGACGAGUCCAUCCACGUCUGUCAAACAUGUAACGGUAUUGCCGGCCAAUGCCAGUUCUAUUGCUUGGACACUAGAAGCUUAACAUUGUUAAUAUGAUGUGCUUUUUAUUUUUUUUUUUCAAGCCAUUAAUGUGUAUUAUUCUGGUAAACUCCUGUGGAAAAUAAAAUACUGAGGUUGGGAUGGAACUUAAGAGAGAAGAAAAACAGGACAGAAACAGCCAUGUUUACCUGAAGUGAGGGAGUUUAUUUCCCGAUGAUGAGGUUCUUGUAUUCUCUGUCUUUAAAGGCAAACACUGCUGGCUGAUAACAGUCUCUGGUGACACGAUGGUUUUAGAGAGGAGAGGCUUAAAUGGUUAGUGACGUGAACGGUGAGGGAGAACCUGUUUUUUUCUAACGACGCAGUUUGCAAAGACUGUUCCUAGAGUGGAGUAUGGACUUUCGGUGGCGGGGGGGGCACUGAGUGUCAGCCCCGGGCCCGAGUUAUUUCACCCGGUACUGUACUAGCUAUCAGAGGCUUAUGCAUGUCAUCAGAGACCUGGAUAUGACCAGCCUUUCAAAACUCAGGAACAAACCCGGAUCCCUAGUGAUUCUCAGCAAACUCAACUAGGCCAUAUCCCCCAAUAUACAAAAUGGGCCAUGUUAUUUAUGACCCAUGUGGUGAAGAUGAUAGAUGUGUGAGGAGGUUCUGCCCAGAAUCUCCAUUCUAGGCCUUUCUCCAGUUUCUCAAAGACAAGAAAUUAGCCCCUCAUCAUGCAUCCCACACAUUCCCUUCCUGUGUGGAGGCUGCCCUCUGGGAUCGUUGUGUGGCCUCUGUCAUUCUGGACUCCAGGCUAGAAAUAGCCUUGCUGUUAGUCAUCUGACACAGUCAUUUCCUUGACAGUCACUCAUCUUUGGAUCCUCAGGGUUCAGACAGGUCCCUAUGCUUGUAAUCAGAGAGGGGAGACUCUGAAGAUAAGAACCUAGAGAGUGUCUUUACCAUUUCUUCGGUGCUCAUGGGGGACAACACAAAAGCAACAUCAUUGGUUUACUUAACACACGUCCUCUCUUCUUCCCACCUUGAACAAGCAAGUGAGAGGUGUAGCAAAACACACUGGACACCCAUCUGCCAUGAACCAAGAGGCCACCACACGGUCUGAUGCUUCGAUAUAGCAAGGUUCUCGAGGCAAGGUUGGUUUACACUGCCUUUCCCCUGGUAGAGUUCACUGUUCUCUGAAAAGUUGUGGGUUAAUUUAUUUCAAGGGACUAAGGAAUACUUUUCUAGAAAAGGAAAUCAUUCUGUGGAUACUACAGUUGCCUCCUUGUGGGAAUGACUUGUUGUAUGAUGGCUUUUUUGGUGCAAGCAAUCCAAUGUGGUGCUUUCAGAUGUUUAGUGAAUUUUCUGGAUAACUUCCAUCAAGUUUCUGAAACCAGUUUGGGAGAUUUACAUUGUUUCAGACAAUCAUUUCCCAAUCAAUUGGCUUAAAUCCUUCAAACCCUGAGAGCUACACAUUGCUACCCCAGAGACUGCAGGUCUCAGCUCUUCUCCCUCUGACUUUCAGAUGAAACCAGGGGACAGUAUCUGGUGCUCAGUGACGACGAUUCACUUUCAGGGGAGAAACCACAUGACAUGAACUGCCUGGUGCUAUAACUUAGCCAACAUAUUUGAUGCUACUCCUGUUUUGUUGUAAGGCUAAUUCAGAUAUUGUUGUUAUUAGUAGUAGAAUUUUAAAUUAUGUCAUAUUAAAAAAAAAAAAACCCACAUCAUUGGCAGAGCUCAGUUCUUCCUCUGACUGUCCUCCAAAGUGCUUGUAUGAUGUGUAUGGCCCAACCCAUCCAUUCUCCCUGCAUCUCUGUGCUGUGCUGCUUUGCCAGGCCCACUUUAGGGGGUCCCUUGGUGGGGACCUCAGUACUUAAAACCUGAUUGUAAUCAUAGCCUGCCAUUGAGUGGCAUUAAUAAAUGGCUAAACUCA